CAACUACUAACUCGCACCCAAUCAUCACAUCUCCCUCAACUUGGCUGUUAUGCGCAUGAGAUUCAAUCAUCACGUGGGCUGCUAACAUCUCAUGACUCUGAGCCCUGGAAAACUCAUCAAGACCUUGUCCUGACUUCUUGUCAAGCGUUUCCUAAAUCCUUUGAAGCUUGUUCACCGAUUCCAGUCGUAUAUAAAAGACUGUCUAGGUCACAUCCCAUCAACUUUUUCGUCUUCCCCACUCCAAACUCUCAAUUUUGCCUUAUCGUGAACAUUAGCCAAAGGCUGAUUUCGAUACCACUUCUACCUUUGCGCACUUAAAAAUCCUACACUCGCCUUGCAUUGUUAUCAAAACAGCCUGAUUCCUUGCUGUAUUUUCUUGUCUUGCUUUGCUUGCUCUUCUUUUUCUUAAACAUUUCUUGUUGGAUUUACCUAUCCAAAGUUUCUCGCAGCUUUCUAUAACAAUACCAAUCAACUUUUCCUGAAGAUCACCAUCAAUCGCCAUGGGUUUUCGCGAAAACAAGAACAAGCUGGGUACUCGCGUCCGCUCUGCGUUCGAUAGACUCAGACCUUCAAAAUCAAGCGUAGGAUUGUCAAACAUAAUGAAAGGUGAACUAUCAAUGAUUCGAGCAGUCUCGCCGAUGCCACUGCCGGUGUUAACUCUGUCAUCCAGCAUAUCGCAUCGAUUAGUUUCAAGUACAUUAAUGGAAGGCGUGAUGCGUGACUCAUUCUAUCACGAGCCUUGGAGCUUGAUAAAGUCUAGCCAAGAACAUCAAGAACCGGCUCGUUCACCCGUAGAUGUUUACAAGAUUAAUAGCUCGACAGCGCACGAUAAGGUCUUACAGCGCCAGGGAGUGCUCGCCUCCCCCAUUAACCUUCGCCUAGCAUCUCCCACUCAAUUCCCGUUAUACUUUCCAAGACCUUCAGUCCCCAUCCCAAAGCAAUCAGGAUUGUCGCGUUCUCAUACAUCGGGCCCAUUCACACCUGAGCUAGAGAAAAACCCCGCCGGAGGCAAACCUGAGCAUGUCACAUCCACUACCACUCCUAAAUCGAAUGGGUAUUUCACAAAGACCAAGCCACCAUCCAGUCAACCAUGCUCUCGGAGCAGUUCACCGACUUCGGUGUAUUCAGAAGAAUCCUCCAGCAUGCCAUCAUCGAAAGAAAAGGAAGCCUGGCUUACUCCUGAAAACCCUACUCAUCAAGAGGCGAAGUGGAGUGUGUCUCCUCCGGAAAACCCUAUUCAUCAAGAGGCGAAGUGGAGUGUGUCUCCUCCCGAAAACCCUACUCAUCAAGAGGCGAAGUGGAGUGUGUCUCCUGCUCGUCAUUUCUUACGUCGCCGAGGUCCUACUCCAACUACCCAGCCUCUAUCUUCCAGACUUCUACAAUCAAUUGUAUCAUCCCCACCCGCGAAACCUUUGUCGGUCCAAAGUACAAGUACAAGUUCGGAUUCCGACAGAGAGCUCAGUAAUCAACUUGAACUCUCACGUCCAGGUCGUCCGAGGGCACAAGACGUUAUUGAUGACACGAGGUUAGAAUAUGCAUUGCUGGCGAGAACUGAGCCUUUGCGAAUCGUGCGCACGGAAGUAUCCCCAACAUCAUACAAGUCUUGGGCUUCUACUUAUAUGACUGAUCUCACCGCUUCUUGUUCAAACUCCUCAUCAUAAUGAUUUACUACAAUAUGACAUCUUUUUUUCUCUUGCAAUUUUCUUUAUUACCUUGAACGUUGUUAUCUUCAGUACUUUGUAUUUUUUUUGAAUCUCUUGGGUUUUCUCUGAAUAUUUGACUUCUUGUUUUUUUCUUUGAAAUAUAUCAUCUUCUAAUAUCUAGCUAUCAUUUUAUACAUGCAAUUUUUCUUGCAUGUCAUUCAACAUC